AUGAGCAGGCCUCCAGCAACAUCGCGCAAGCUCAGGCGUGUGCUGGUGCUACUGGCGCUGUUCUUGGUGUGUGAGCGAGCAUCGCAGACCGCGCGGGCUUUGCUUGGAGCGGGGGCCGUGCCCUUUUCAAGGUCGGUUCCUCCGGGAACAUGGGCACGCAACUUUCUCGUCGCACGCAGGGCUAAGGCUGAUGGCCCUUUGGACCGUGGUGAGGCCGAAGGCAAUGAAGACGACAAGGCCCCCAAAGGAAAGGAUGAUGUGGAGGAGGCCAAAGCAAGCUUCGAUCAGGGUUCGCGAAACAAGGCAGUGGAUGAGGCUGCCUCAGCACAGACCGCUGACCCGGUCGAAGAUGCCAAGCAGGAUCUGGAUGCGGCAAAACGACAGCGAGAUGUGGCCCUCAGAGGGCUGGAAACGGCACAGAGCGGGCUGGAAACGGCACAGGACCUGACUGCAUACCUGCAGAAGCAGCUGCUGGAAUUGGAAGACAGCAGCAGCGAGAAGGCCGAUGAGAUCGAAACGAAGAAGAAGGAGCUCAAGGUGGCCAAGGAGGAGCUCACGGAGGCCAAGAAGGAGCUCAAGGUGGCCAAGGAGGAGCUCACGGAGGCCGAGCAGAAGUACGAGGCCAAAGCAAGCAUCCAGGCAGGACGAGUGCAGGCGUUGCCAGCUGGGUCCUCGGCCGCCUUCUGGGUGAAGGAUGCACUAAAGUCUAAGUUUGAUGAUGAUAUGCAGAACGGUAAUAUCUGCAUGCUGCAGAACUGGGAUACAUACAAGAGCACCCUACCGGUUCGGGAAGUGGAUAACAAGGCAUUGCCUCUUUUUGAGUUGCUCUACUUCGGCAAGGAGGCGGACGUGCAGACACUGGGAAGUCUCCUCGCGAACGUGCCAGGGACGACGGGCCGCCUUGUGGCUCCUUACUUGACGGCUCCCGGGGCAUAUGGAAAGACCAGCAGUGUUUUGCCAGCGUUUCUCACAAAUGACGAUUUUGGGCUGUACCUCUACAUGAGCUUCUACAACAAUGCAGAGCAGCGCCAUGCGGGACCAAGCCUGCCAAUGAUCGAGAAAAUGCACAGAAAGAUGACAGACCCGGAAACAGCUGGAGUAGCGUUUAUGUGGGACUGCCUCAAGACGCAGCUGGAAAACGGACGAUACGUAAGGAAUUAUCCGCUUCCGGAGUGGUUUACGUCAAUCGCUGACGGUACUGCUGUUGACAUUGACAAGCUGCGUGCUCGGAUCAAGAAUUCGUUAGAUGAAAUCAGGCCAGGGCAGAAGCUUGUUUUGAUACACUUGGAUGAACACAAGAAGAUGUGGGAAGGCGAAUAUACACGCGCCAUACAGUUUCGCCGUGCUGCGGUACAAGCCCUGCUAUCAAUCGACUUUGUGAGAGUGAUUCUCACAUUCACCGAGCCGCCAAGCUUGCCGCCGGAUGAUGCCAGAAACACGUCAGCUUUAGCUCGAGUUGCCUUGCCGUUCGCGAGGGCAGCAGCAGACAAGGUUGUGCUGCAUUUUUGUCCAGACAUUCUCGGCAUGUAUGGCAAGCCUGCGGACUGGAAAGCUAGCGAACAGAGGGUGUGGGCAUGUUGCUUGCUCUGGGUUAGUCUCUGCAUUGAUGCCGAAUCACCGACUGCAUUGCACCGACAAGACUCUCAACUCCGACAACGGUUUUCGUCGCUGACCACAUGGCUGCAGAAGGGCGCAAAGAAGCAAACAAGCCAGUUCCUUGCCAAAUUCGGAGAAACGUUUCAGGACGUCAUAACCUGGGACAAGGGCCAGGAUCCGUUAGAUACCGAGAUGGUCAGAAAACUGGUGGCUGGCAUUAAAGAUGCAGACGCACCUCAAAAAGAGGUAAUGCCAACACUGGUUUCUGUUUCCGGGCAGCACCUGUGCUUACCACUGUUCCGAUUGCUCUACAUCCAGCCACUAAACCCAACCGAACUGUCAUCAUGCUUUUGGGAAUCUCGCGAUGUUUUUAUUCGGGACAUGAGAAACGCUCCCGCCAAAGUCUUGGUUGGAUCACCUUUGGAGCGCGCAGUUUUGUGUGCCCUGACAUGCAGGGAUUCUCUGCGUCUACCAAAUGGCUCCAGUAUCAUGUUGUCCUUUCAGCAGCUCGAGGCAGGGAGGCUUUUCAAGAAAGUGUCUGCAACAGGUUCAGAACUUCAAUUGGAUACAGCGCUUGAAAGUCUCACACGCCAUACGCUUUACUACGAUGGACUGGAUGGCACGGAGGGCCACCCGCUGGCGGACAUUUGGUUUUGUGCAGCUCCCAAACGGCUAGUGCUGCUUGACUGUGGCGGCACGAAGAAGAAGAAGGCCAGCAAGAAGAUGUCGGCAAAGAAACGACAAAUCUCCCAACUCGUCGAUAAUGGUUGCUUUUCCGGCUGGAAAGUUACGGUGUUGCUUUUUAUACCUGCUGCACCCAGUGAGACCAAAACAUCCUCGACGUCGCUGUCCGAUGAUGUUGAUAUUGCCAUCGUCGCUGGGAGUUUGGCAACUGAAUGGCUUGGUUCAUGGUCUCAGCUCUGGCAAUACUUCCCGGACGACGGCUGA